GUGACUGUUGCUGUUGUUGAAGCAUGUUGUUUGUGAUCAGUGCAUUCGCCAUGUUCAUAUGAUAUUGUCCGUUGACCACGUCACUGAGUUGUAAGCCUGUCUCCGCAGAAGAUGUUGCCUUCCUGACUGCGCGACAGGACCCUUCGUCGUACGACGGCACGCGGUUUCAUGUGACGCCAGAUUCCGAGAGCGACGCUGUCACAUACUUCAGCAGCAAACUGCUACAGUGGUGAGUAGCGAGAGUUUUCAUUCACCGCCUAGCCUCUACUAAAGCGCAAGCACCAGAGGCUGUCAUCGCCGUCGUUGGACGCAAGGACAAACAGUUUGUGAGAUUCCUGGAGCGUCACAACGAGGUAUUUAAAGUGAAGGGACGGUUUGUUUCAUUAGUGGUACGUGCGGAUCGAGUGGAGAGACAUCGUGACGGCAGUAGUGACGCUUCAGUCCAGCAGCUAAUACAGGUGGAAGAAGACUGGGACUUGAUAACCACUGGCAACGUUACCCAUGCAGACUGAAAGCAAUUCUGAUGAAAACCCAGUGAUGGUUGAAGUGUAGAACUUUGGCUACGCCUCUGAAGUAGACAAUCAUCAUUAUAUAACCCCCGAUACUGUGUCAAGUAAUUGCACGAAAACCAAAAAUGUCCUCAGCAAGUACUGGAUCAGGAGUUGAGGAUGAUGCAGUCACCUUCUAUACACAAGCCUUCACUGACUGGGGAGUUGAAGAGGUAACGUUCACUAAACUAAUGGGUAAAAGGUCUCAGGCAUCUGCAGACGUGAGAAAAGUUGUUGGAAAGUCAGUGAAACAAUUUGCAAGCUUUCUAAUGAGACAUACAGAUGCCUUCGAAAUCAGAGGCGAUCACGUUAGAAGGCUGAUCGAUGUAGCUAGUGAUACUGACUCAGUAUCCAAGUCAGAAUCACGUUCGGAAGCACCAGCAGAGAGCGAAAAUAACGCUGCCUUAUUCGUCCGCGACAUCUUCCUCAAGUUUGGCCGUAAUGAGGUUGAGGUGAAGACAUUAUACUUAGAGAAGUCAAAGGCGUCUCUGGCAACGUAUAGAGUGUUGGGAGCGAAUGUGCAGGAAUUUUCAUCCUUUCUCAAAAGACAUGCAAACCUGUUCUGUGUGAAAGGUGAGAUAGUCACACUUGCUCAAAAGACAGUGAAGUCAGGUUCUGUCGACGGUGACACCUUAUCAGGUAGCAUUGAGUGCAUCGACUACUUCCGGAAAACGUGUCUGAUGCGUAGCGAGUCGUGCAUAGACCUGCGCCGACUGGCCGGGAGAAGGGCACAAGCUUCGCCGGAGCUGAGAGCCUAUCUUACUGACAUUCCUACCACCUGCCAGUUUUGUGAUCACAGCUAUAGGUGCCCUGCAGUCGUCAACAAAGUCAUCGGACCCGGAAUCGUGAGAUUUCCUUUCUUCCUCUGCCAGCAUCCGCCCAUUUUUCGGGUCUCCGCGGAAGAUGUUGCCUUCCUGACUGCGCGACAGGACCCUUCGUCGUACGACGGCACGCGGUUUCAUGUGACGCCAGAUUCCGAGAGCGACGCUGUCACAUACUUCAGCAGCAAACUGCUACAGUGGGGAGAAGCGAGAGUCUUCAUUCACCGCCUAGCCUCUACUAAAGCGCAAGCACCAGAGGCUGUCAUCGCCGUCGUUGGACGCAAGGACAAACAGUUUGUGAGAUUCCUGGAGCGUCACCACGAGGUAUUUAAAGUGAAGGGACGGUUUGUUUCAUUGGUGGGACCCGCGGAUCGAGUGGAGAGACAUCGUGACGAGAGUAGUGACGCUUCAGUCCAGCAGCUAAUGCAGGUGGAAGAAGACUGGGACUUGGUAACCACUGGCAACGUUACCCAUGCAGACUGA